AUGGUUGAUAAGCCAAUGAAAACUGGGAUUGAGAAGGCUUUAGAUUUGCUUAAGGUUGCCAACUAUUCAGCAGGAAAUGCAACAGCGCAAAUUAUUAUACAUGGGUCUAUACCUUCUUAUAUGGGGAGAAGCUGCAAAUUUGAGAUUUAUGCCAGAAUGCCUUUGUUAUAUCUAUCAUCAUGUAGUGCAGAAACAGGAUACGAUUAUGAUGGGCUAAGGAUGACCAUGGCAUAUGAGUUGUAUGGGAUGUUAGCUGGGAAUGUUAGUCCAUUGACUGGUGAACCUGUAAAGCCUGCCUAUGGUGGUGAAAAUGAGGCUUUUCUUAUGAAAGUAGUAAAACCAAUAUAUGAUGUAAUAGCCAAGGAAGCUAAGAGAAGUAAUAGGGGAAAAGCAAAGCAUUCUCAGUGGAGAAACUAUGACGAUUUAAAUGAAUAUUUUUGGUCAGUUGAUUGUUUUCGGCUAGGUUGGCCUAUGCGUGUUGACUCUGAUUUCUUCUCUGUACCGUUUCCUCGGGAGCAACUUCAUGUUAACAAAGAUGAGGAAAACAGAGUUCAGGCUGCACACCGGUGGAGUGGAAAAACUAAUUUUGUUGAAAUACGCACAUUUUGGCAUGUAUUUAGAAGUUUCGAUAGAAUGUGGAGCUUUUAUAUACUCUGUUUACAGGCGAUGAUAAUCAUUGCUUGGAAUAGUUCUGAUGGCCAAUUAAGCUCUGUAUUUGAUGGUGAUGUUUUCAAGAAAGUUCUCAGCGUCUUCAUAACUGCUGCAAUAUUGAAGCUUGCACAAGCCAUUCUAGACAUAGUCCUUAGUUGGAAAUCAAGGAAAGUCAUGUCGCUUCAUGUCAAGCUGCGGUACAUAUUUAAGGCAGUUUUAGCAGCAGUAUGGGUCAUAGUUUUACCAGUCACUUAUGCUUACAGUUGGAAAAAUCCAUCUGGCUUUGCACAAACCAUAAAAAAUUGGUUUGGGAAUGGUACAGGCUCCCCUUCUUUGUUCAUUUUGGCUAUCUUCAUCUACUUAUCUCCAAAUAUUCUCUCUGCACUGUUAUUUGUGUUCCCAUUCAUUCGGCGGUAUCUUGAGAGGUCAAACAAUGGUGUUGUGAAGCUCAUGAUGUGGUGGUCUCAGCCUCGGCUAUUUGUUGGAAGAGGAAUGCAGGAGGGUCCAAUUGCAUUGUUGAAGUACACUUCAUUUUGGAUUCUCCUAAUUCUAGCUAAAUUAGCAUUCAGUUACUACCUUGAGAUUAGGCCUCUUGUGGAUCCAACAAGAGCUAUCAUGAAUGCCAGUGUAUCAGUUUACAAAUGGCAUGAGUUCUUCCCUCAUGCCAAAAACAAUAUUGGUGUAGUGAUUGCUAUAUGGUCCCCUAUCAUACUUGUCUACUUUAUGGAUACACAGAUUUGGUAUGCUAUCUUUUCUACAAUAGUAGGAGGCAUAUAUGGUGCAUUUCGACGAUUGGGAGAGAUUCGAACAUUGGAAUUACUUAGGUCUCGUUUUGAUUCAAUUCCGGGUGCUUUUAAUGUUUGCUUGAUUCCUGCGGAACAGACCGAGACAAAAAAAAGAAAGGGACUAAAGGCCCAUUUUUCUCACAAGUUUGAUCAGGUUUCUUCUAAUAAAGAGAAGGAAUCUGCACGGUUUGCUCAAUUAUGGAACAAAAUAAUCAGUAGUCUGAGGGAGGAGGACCUAAUUGAUAAUAGGGAGAUGGACCUCAUGCUCGUACCAUAUUGGGCAGACCGUUCCUUAAACCUCAUCCAGUGGCCACCUUUCUUGCUUGCUAGCAAGAUCCCUAUAGCUGUGUCCAUGGCCAAAGACAGUUUUGGAAAAGGACAAGAACUGGAAAAAAGAUUGUCAAGAGACAAGUACAUGAAAUCUGCUGUUGAGGAAUGCUAUGCUUCUUUUAAAAGUAUUAUUAACUUCUUGGUUCUUGGAGAACGUGAAAAAUUGGUUAUACAAAAUAUCUUUCAAAGAGUUGAUGAGCACAUAGAAAACAAAGUUGUGCUGAAUGAAUUGAAUCUGAGUGCUGUCCCUAGUCUGUAUGAACGAUUAGUUAAACUGAUUGAACGUUUGUUGGAUAACAAAGAGGAGGACAAGGAUUCAAUUGUGAUACUCUUGCUUGACAUGCUAGAGAUUGUGACCAGAGACAUAAUGGAUGGAGACAUUGAGGGUUUGCUAGAUUCCAGCCAUGGUGGGUCUUAUGGCAAGGAUGAAAGGUUCACACCCCUUGAUCAACAAUAUAGGUUUUUGGGUAAACUUCAAUUUCCUGUUGAAACAGAUAUUGACGCUUGGAUAGAGAAAAUAAAAAGGCUUCAAUUACUGCUUACUGUCAAGGAGUCUGCUAUGGAUGUUCCCUCCAACUUGGAUGCUAGGAGGCGUAUAACUUUCUUCUCUAAUUCAUUGUUUAUGGAUAUGCCACCUGCUCCCAAAGUUCGGAACAUGAUGUCCUUCUCUGUCUUGACGCCAUACUUUGAUGAACCUGUUCUUUUCUCCUUAAAUCAUCUGGAAGAGCCAAAUGAAGAUGGAGUGUCUAUCCUCUUUUACUUGCAAAAGAUAUUUCCAGAUGAAUGGAAAAACUUUGUUCAACGUUUUCAUUAUAAAAGUGAAGAAAAACUGAGGGUAGAGAAUGAAGAAGACCUUCGUUUAUGGGCAUCAUACAGAGGCCAGACAUUGACCAAAACUGUCCGAGGAAUGAUGUAUAUACGACAAGCAUUGGAGCUACAGGCUUUUCUUGACAUGGCAAAGGAUGAAGAAUUAAUGAAAGGUUACAAGGCUGCAGAACUAGAGAGCAAGGAAAAUUCAACCAGUGAGCGGUCACUGUGGACACAAUGUCGAUCAUUAGCUGAUAUGAAGUUCACAUAUGUAGUUUCGUGUCAACAAUAUAGUAUUCACAAGCGAUCUGGUGAUUCCAGGGCAAAAGAAAUUUUAAAGCUUAUGAUCAAGUACCCAUCUCUUCGAGUUGCUUACAUUGAUGAGGUUGAAGAGCAUACCAAAGAUUCACUUCGAAAAACAGAUAAGGUUUAUUAUUCAGCUCUAGUGAAAGCUGCAUUACCGGCAAAAUCAAAUGAUUCUUCUGAAACAGUUCAGAGUUUAGACGAGGUAAUUUACAGGAUAAAGCUUCCAGGACCUGCAAUAUUGGGUGAGGGGAAGCCAGAAAAUCAAAACCAUGCCAUCAUUUUCACACGUGGGGAAGGCUUGCAAACAAUUGAUAUGAAUCAGGAUAACUAUAUGGAAGAAGCUUUCAAAAUGAGGAAUUUGCUGCAGGAAUUUAUCAAACCUGAUGGUCCAAGAAAGCCAACAAUACUUGGACUCCGAGAGCAUAUAUUUACUGGCAGUGUUUCAUCCCUUGCAUGGUUUAUGUCCAAUCAAGAGCAUAGUUUUGUGACAAUUGGACAAAGAAUGUUGGCUUCCCCCUUGAAAGUGCGGUUCCAUUAUGGCCAUCCAGAUGUGUUUGAUAGACUUUUCCACCUGACAAGAGGGGGUGUAAGCAAGGCUUCUAAGGUCAUCAACUUGAGUGAGGAUAUAUUUGCAGGCAUGUUUCAAUUCUACAUUACGUGA